AGUCGAGAUUACGAACCCAAAAUAAAAGACAACGAGAUUUUACGUCCUCCAUAUUGCUAGUAUACUGCUAAUGCAUGCUGUUCGAAAUAGGGAAAACUACACAACAACAAAAACGCGGAAUUGAUUCGACCAUUUUUAUUCCACGAACGAUUGCAGUCGAGCACUUUUAUAUGUAUCACGAAGUCACCAGCCGCUAAUUCUAUAUAACUUUCAUAGCCAGUUGAGGUGAAAGUAAUCAUUUGGAAGUUUUUCAGAGAACCUCUAUUUUGAUGAAUGAAUUUAACCAGCCACUGCUAACCCAGGAGUCAACAUAGAGCCGUAAAAGUGCAUCACCGUGGCUAAAGAGAGCAAGCAAAUAAAGCCAUCUUCACUUUGAUGUCAAUUGGAUGAGGAAUAAUGUCUGCGUGAUAACAGUACAUCUGCAGUAUCGCCAUCCAAAUUAGGCCAUCAGAUUACUCCACACUUAGUCAUUUUCAAAAUAAACGGGUGUAUAUUGUUGUAGAUAUGGAAGAAAAUAUAUAGGCCCUCCUUUCUCUAAAGAAGAUCAAAGCAAUAAUAAAUCUCUGUUUUGGUGAUUAAUCCGAAAGUUAUAUUUUUAAGUUGAUUAUAUUACACUGGCUUGCACAAAAUGAAUUGAAAGUGCUCUUCUACAAAUCAGAUUAGUUAUCGUUUGGUAGGAAUCAGAUAUAUCGCCACAGUGGGAAGAUUGAAUGCAGGAUGACGAAACGCUGAAGUCCAGAACCAGUAGAGAUGAAAUGCUUGUAAAGGAAAUAGCUAGUUAUCUUCAAAGUGUAGUAACCCUUCUACUAUUCAAUGUGAGCUGACGUCGAUCUAAGCACCGUUCUGCAUUCUCUCAACUUCAAUACUGCGACAAAAUCCAGUCUUCCACUUUUUUCCCUACAAACUGGUCUGUCGUCCGAAAUAAAGAUGGGGAGGUAACCAAGGAAGAAGUUGGUUACAUUGUGUAGCUGGGUGUGUUUCCAGAACGAUUCCUUCUCCUGUGCGAGUGAGAAAGAAGUAUUGUUCCUGAAAGACUGAUUGUUUAGCCUACAAGCCCAAGGUGAUAACUGAUUUUUCCUGUGCCCUUCUGCUGAUUCGUUCUUAGGCCAGGAGGACCAGUAUGGUAUGCCAGUGGCUACCAUGGCCAACCCUCCUGAGCACGACUUUGCUCCAUCUUGGCUCAAAAUCCCCAAUGACAACCAGCUUAUAGCGAAACCUCAUUCAGACCAAAGAGCAGGCUCUAAGUACCCGUCACACCACCAUUCUGAUGUGGGUCGCCAGCGUAGCAGACACCCCUCUAACGAGUCGUUCCCUGGCUUUCCACCCCGUCAUCCCCCGCAACCCCCCAACAUUCAUGGAUACCGCAGCCGAGAUGAGAAGAGAUAUCGACCCGGACCCCGCUAUCACUCACUAGAUGACCCUCUACGCCACUCUGAGCUUCCCAGCGCCUACGCACCCCUCAACCAACAUAACGGCUUCCUUCCCCCACCCCCUGCGAUGGGCUACUUUCCCUCUUCACUCGACUAUGGUUUCCACCCCAAGCGUGGCGGACCACUGCCCCUCCAUCACAACCUCAACCGGCUCGACCCCCAUGGCUACCACCAUGGAGGAAGGGGCUAUGGAGGUGGUGAUGGGGGGCGUGGUCGCUAUGGUAGUGGUGGUGGUGGUAGACAUGGGCGCGGUGGAGGUGUGAAUAACAAGGCUGGUCCUGAAAAUGGGGAAUCUAACAGUGUGGAGAAUGGAGGAGGAGCUGGAAGUGGAAGUGGAGCUGGAGGAGGAAGUGGUGGAGGAAGAAAAAGCGAUGCAGCCAGUGUCAAAGGAGACGAAGGGAAAACCAAUGGAGACAAAAGUGCCUUAUCAAGUCAUGACUUCCCUUCAUUAUCUGGUGAUGCUGACCAUGACGUCAAAAAUGAAUCCUCGAAACCUGCUGGAGCAUGGGAGAAACGGCCAGGCACCUCGAACAUCAGCAUAGGUGGAAAGAAACUGCAGCUGGUCCAGAAGUCAUCGACGAUUAGCGACUUGCCAACCACCAAUGGCUCUCAACCCGCUGCAAGCAAAAUGUCGCCCUCUGGUGUCAAUGGUGUGAGCAACCUGACUUCAGGUAGCAAGACUAGCGGGGUUCAGCAGGCUGUGCAGAACAAGGGUGCUAAGACUGGGCGUGGGGCAGUGCCUCUCUCCUCUGUUAGCUCCAGUGUGUACAAGUCGCUUGUUCCAAAGUCUUCGGCUCCAACCAAGGCCACCACACCCAGGAAAGCCAUUGCUAAAGAAGUUGUUAUCCGCCCAGCACCGGUCAUCAGUAAUAAAGACAAAUCAGCACUUCCUCCUACGUCAUCGUCAUCUUCUUCACCAUCACUGUCAUCUUCGAUGUCCUCAUCGUCAUCAUCCUCGUCAUCCACUUCAUCAUCAACAUCUUUGCCAUCUCCCUCGAGCAACGCAGUUUCAUCACAACCCUCUUCAAAUCCAUUAGUGAAAGAGCAGGGCUCUCCGCGCUCGACCUCUGCCAUAGACAUUCCUACCCCUCGCAUGGUGACGGGGUCAAAGGUCAAGCGGACGGACAAGGUGGAUUUUCUGAAGGAGCUUCGUCGCACCGGGAGCGUUGACUCGCCGAGAUUACCCUUCAGCAGCGAGCCCUUGGUUAAUGGCACUGAUCACUACACUAGCAACCACAAUGACCAAUCCGGUCAAUAUCACAAUUACCAUAAGUCUUCCACAAAGCAGUACGAAAAGACAAACUCAACUACCAUUUAUCAGCAACCAGAUCCCUUUGAAGAUUUAGAUAUAGCCGAAGCUAGACAAGAUAGUAUAAUCAACACCCAUCUACCCAUCACCAAGUGCAAUGGCCAUUUUGACAAUGAAGGCGAGAACGCGGACGUCGACAACAUUGAUCAGGUCACCGAAAAUGGCGAAAUGGACAUGGCCCUCGAUGAGCAGAGUCUCUUAGACUGUCAGCCAAUGGAGCUUUCCAGUAGCUUAGAAGCAGAAAAGAGGUUACUCCAAGAGAUGGGUUGGCAUGAGCACAGUGACAAUGAAGAAGGUUAUGCACCGAUCACAGAAGACGAACUGAACGAGUUCAAGAUUAGAUCGCAGCAGAUGGGGAAGAAUGGUUUAAGUCGACCAACACAGCCUAUCAUCCUCAACCUCGUCCCGCACCCUGUCAUGAAUGCCAUCACAACCAUGACCAUCGAAGACGCAGAACUCAGCUCUUCCUCCGAUGAGUCAUCAGACGACGAAUUAUAGUAGCGGCUGGCCUCUGCUUCGGUAAUCAAAACAAAUUGAUCGUUGGUCUUUCUAACCUUGUGGAACACACUUUGCCCGGAGUUGUCCUCAUCGAAUCAGUGCUUCUCUUCAAUGCAAACCCUCGCAAUACAUCCAUGAUAAAUGACCGUGCCUCAAGAAUGCAACAGUAUUUUGUGUUCAAGUAUCCUGCGUGUUUGUAUUUUCUUCUGGGUAUUAAUAUUUGGGGUGAUGGUGAGACAUGAGCUCUCCAUGUUUCUUUCCUGUGAAUGUGAUCAUCGUUUCUGCUACACAGGAAAUGAUGGUUGAAAGAAUAGGAGGAUGUUGAUUCAAUAAGAUGCAACUUGAUAUAAGAGAAAGCUUUACAUAUACACCGAUGAUUUAUUUAAGGGUUUUUUCAUCUCCAAGAUGGUAAAUAAAAUCUCUGUAUUACAAACUUGUUAUUUUCAGUGGAUUCAACAUUAAAAACAGUAAAAGAAGUAAUGAUAUUGUGCCUUUUGUAAUAUUGACCCUGUAGAGGCAUACCAGGGGUGUUAAUGUACAAAGUUUUGCAGUCAGGUGACAUGACAUAUUGUCAUGUGACUUGUGAAUUUGUCAUGUGACUUGGAUGGUUAUUGUUCCUAUUUGGGGGAACCCUAGACGGGUAUUCUUGCCUCAAGUCACCCGCAUUAUGGUUGUGUACCAUUCAGAACCUUGGGAUGUAACUUGUUCUUCAACGCCUAUCUUCCAGGUUUAUACAACCCUGCACACUAUACACCCUACUUAAUGAAAAUGUUCAUGAGGGGAACACUGAACGAAUAUAAAACAACUUCACUGCAAUUAUAUCACUCACAUAGAUAUACAUAUCUGGAACUACACAUAUGUGCAUUUAUAUGAAGAGAUCAACAAUAAAAAAAAUCUAUAUAAGAUAUGGUUUUAGCAGAGUCAGGAAAUGGAUGGUAAUUUCUAGUUUUGUAACAUGUUAUUCCCAAGUGCUUAUUUUCUUAUGUUUGACCUAUGCCGUGAUCAUUCACUGAUGAUUCCAUAACGAAAAGUUUAAAAAAGGAAUGAAGAAAGAAAAAAAACGGGAGUGAAAGGAAAAUGUUUGAAAGGAAUCAUGUAUUAUCUUCCUAGAAAAAGAUCUAUAUAUAUUAUAUAUAUCAUAACUGUACUUCCAGUCUUGUGUGUCUUUUUUUUGUACUGAAACAAACAUUUUUAUUGCAGUUUGUAAGAUGAACAAUUUUUUUUUUACAACAAAUUGAUUUUGCACUGGACUGUGUUCCAUUUUCUCAUGUUAUCAUACAAAGAUCAUAUUCUGAUUUUUUUUCUUCAGCAGCUCAUUAGUUAAAAUAUCUCACUGUUCACAUUUCAUCAGGUUAUUUUGGUUAUUGGUCUCAUUAAAUUGCAACAAUUGUAGUAUUUGAGGAACAAGAAAAAUCUGUUUUGUGAAAUGACCCUUCCAUUUAUAGUUGAUGAAGCUUUCAUGUUGACUGUUUUCAAGCAUUUAUUUUUGUUUGUUUGAUAAUCCUCAUAGAAUUUAACAUUCUCACAGCUCUAUUGAUAAUAUAUAGACUUUAAAAUAUUACGAGUAAGAAACUGUCAGUAGCAGCAGCUGUGCGUAGAUUCUUUCAAAUUUGAGUUUUUAAAUAUUCAGCAAAUGAAAUGUGAUUCAACUUAAGAUACUAGUAAAUUCAAGAUGAAGCAGAUUUGUGAAAAUAAACAAAAGUCUUAAGCAAAUUAUGAGAACUGUCUUGCAUGUCGUGCUGAUGAUUUUGUUAUGGUGACUUUUUAUGGAGGCUUUGUUGAGAAUUCUUAGCAUCUAAUGAGAACAAACUAAGCAUUGAUCCUUGGUGGUCUAUUAAGACCUGCAUAGCCAGUGCCUUCAAGCCUUUGGAUUACCUUUAAUAUCAUUCAUCAUAAAGCCAUAGCUAAAACUAGGUUCAGUUGGGCAUUUUUGUAUAGUUAAACAUCAUUGAAGAUACAGAUGAUUUUUAUGCUCCUUUUCUUGCAUUUUUCAUGAAAGAUAUUCGUAACUUAGGUUUAGGGUUAAAACCCUCCGUUCACAUGGUAGAAAUGUCUAUAACACAGAUUAGGUCACUUAAUUGCUUGUUAAGACAUGAAAUCAUUUUAUGAUGAUCAAAUUGCACCUGUAUUGUCCCCUAUCCUGAUUUUCUAAAAUUUUCUUUGAUCGAUUUAUAAUGCAUAUUGCCUGUGUGAUUAAACUAAUGCACCUUGAUAAUAAAUUAAGCGCAGGCAAUUUACAGUUUCAUAUAAUUAAGAGCAAUGUGUUUUCUUUUCAUGUUGGAUAUAUUUGUGUGGCAAUAACUUGUUGAAAGCUAACACAAAACAAACUUGAGUGUCUUUCCUUAGAAUAUAUGCUUCUCAUUGAAGACAAAAUAUGACAAAUAUUAAAGGGAUAUGAAAACGUUCUUGAGACUAAGAAGAGUUCAAGAGAUUUUGCAUCAAAUUAUGAAGGAUUAUGAGGAGAAAUGGCAGUCAAGGUUUAAAUCUGAAGCAAUUUAAAGAGGAUUAUAUCAUUAAUUUAUUUUUGAAUGACUUCUGUAACUGUGUCUCAAUGAUGAUAUCUGGAUUGUGCUCGAUUGUUUGUAACAACUUUUCAUUUAUUCACAAUGCGAGAAAAAAAGGAGCUGGUCAUUUUGAGUCUAAUAGACAUAACAGUACACCUGGAUUGACAUUAAACUGGUAAAAUUUCACCUGCAAAGAUUUACAAAUAGAGCAUUUUUAAUUGAAUGAAAUGGUCAAGUUGACCUGAUAUGAUUUUAUAUUCCAAAAAAAGAUAAAUCAAAUGUAUAUUUUUUUUGUUCCUUUGAAUGUGAUUGUGAAGAGUUUAUCCGGGAAAAUGUGAGACAUUGGUGUUGUGUUUAUUUCUUUUUUCUUACCUGCUCAACUUGGAUGUCUUCUCUUUCAUUGUCAGGAAACUAGUCAUUUUCAUCUUGUUUUUUUUUAAUGAUAGGUUUUAUUUAACCUCAGAACCAUGUAACACUCAUAAGUGACAUGACCCUUGUUUCACAAAGCAAAGUGAUUAAUCAUUCAGUUGGUGUGUAUGCUUGAUUCAUUGUACAUAAUAAUCAAUGCUAUUAAUCAUAAAAUCCAAUGGCAAUGGUUUGUGUCACAGGCUUAGACAAAGGUAUGUUUUGCUGGACAUAGAAAAUGUGACAUUGCAAAAACUUUCUUCACAAUCUCAUGAGUUUUUGAUAAUUUUGUUUCCGAUUAUCAUUUAAUAUAACCUCUUUAAUUUGUAAGUUUUGUAUUGAGCCCACUCAUCAUUCGCCUCAUCAGUUCAUUUAUUUAUCUUAGCAUUAUUGACAUUUUAUUUACUUUAUUAUAACAACAACAAAUAAAAUAUUUGAGAAAAGUUUGUCCAAGCAGAUAUUUAGAAGAAAAUUGCAAUCACUCAUGUUUUCAAAUCAUUACAUCUUUCUAGGAGGGAGUGUUCAUACAAGUUUCUCAACUGUAUGCCCUGCAGUUUGGCACCAUGAUUGUAAAUCAACUUCAUGGAAGACUGACUCUGCAUUGCAGUGGAACGUGACUAUCAUUACCAAUAUGUUUGAGUACUUGUUGCGUUCAGAUGAUUCUAGCAGCUGCAGUUCUGAUACCAUCACACAUAUCUAAGGGAACCUGUGUCAGCAUUUGAGCAUUGUAUUUCUAAAUGUGACUAACAAUUGAACACUUGAAUUCAUUUGUGUUUUAUGCAAAAUGUGUUUCCUAACAGCAUUUCUUGGCAUAGCAUAUCUUGAACACAUCCCUUGAUAAUUGACUAUAUGCAGAGUUUAAAAUGUUAUUCAAGAAAUUUUAUUUUGAUCUUAAAGCAUAGCUGGUAUUUGAUAUUAUAAGGAAAAUGAAAAACAAGAGAAAAAUAAUGAAUGCUUUCACCAUUUUGUCAUUGUUCAGUUCAAAGCUGUUUUUGUUUUAUUCUGUUUAAUUCCUUGUUUUCAAAUUUCUAUUUUUUGUGUGUCUUCUGUUGUAAAAUAAUACUGACAGUUCAAUUUAGCCUUUUAGGCAACUCCCAUAUGCCUUGAUUGUUUUACAAACACUAUUACAGGAUUUGUUUCCCUUUAUUUGUUGGUAUAAAUUUGGACAAAGCCAUGUUGACAUAGUUUUUAAUCAACAUGUUUUUUUUUAUGGUACGAUUUCUCCAGGAAUCCUAACAACAAUAUUUUGAGGAAUUGUGUAAAGGUUGAAAAGUAUAUCAUUGAUGAUGGAAGUGAAUUUAUAUAUAUUUUUUUCUCCUUCAAAUGAAUGAAAAUACUUGGAAGUGUGAUAGCCUGUAUAGUUCAACAUAUUUUUUUGUUUAAAGCUAUAUGUGAGGAUUUUUAAGAAAGAUCUUUGGUUGUGUUGGGUGCCCAACGUGAAAAUAACGGUGGCACAGACAUCAAUCUUACUUAUCACUGAACAAAAUAACUGAAGCGUAAGAGAUGUUGGUUUUUUAUACGAUUGCAAAGAAGUUAAAGAGAAUAAAUACGAGUGGAAAUCCACGUAGAUGAAUAUUAUUGAGAGAUUGAGAAUUACUUGGUGACACAUGAAGCAGUUUGUGCACAAUGUAAUGAUUCUCUGCUGUUUAUGAUGAGAAGUGUCUCAAUAAAUGAAAAGAAAGUUUGUUAAA